AUGUCGCCACCAGGGCUUUCGCAGCAUGCUCACACGAGCACCACAACUUCGACGUCGGUCUUUGAACAUGUGAUUCUCGCAGAAGGAGGUCUACGAAAUCGAGAAUUUGAUAGAGGGCAGGGUGAGACUUCUAUGCAAUCGUCUCGACAAGUUCGCUCAAACCCGGAAAGAGAGGGCUACGACUGCCUAAAAAACGACGACUUCCAGAAGGACUUCAAGCGCAUACUUUUAAGUGCUGUCCAAACUGGCGCCUUCAUUCGACAGCUCCCUUGGGUUGUUGGGCUUGUACGCCGCAUCCCUCCAUGGGUUGUGGGAAGGAUCAGCAAAGAUUUUCUUGCGGUUCUGAACUGGGAGGGUGUUGUCCGCAGAAGAGUCGAGAGCUUUUUAAUCGAGAAGAGAAAAUUGAAUAACGAGGCCGCAACUGCUUCUGUUCUUACAAGAUUGCUAGACAAUGACCUGCCUGACGACGAGAAGUCUUUCCAGAGGCUGGUAGACGAGGGUAAAUCGCUGAUGGGCGUGGGCAGCAAGACAACCUCAUGGACGCUGACACUACUCAUCUAUCUUGCCCUUGUGCAACUAAAGCUGGCAGCAGCACUUCUCUUCACUCAGUAUAAUUUCGAAUUCGUCAAUACUACCGAGAAGGACGUCUUACCGGUUCGCGACUCCUUCAUCUCUCGACCCGUGGCUGAUUCCGACUGUGUCCGCGCCAAGAUUGUAAAGUUAUAG